UCUCAUUUGUUAAGUUUCUUAAUAAGACACGUUUCGAUCCAACAUCUGGUAGCUCAGGAACGUCCUUAAGGGUUUCCUUGCCCUUAAGACGAGCUAUCGACGAGUCCACAAUGUCAAAGAAGAAGGACUCGCUGAUUCUAUACCUUGGUAAAAGAGCUGCGACGUCGUGAGCGUGGAUGGGAAGAGUCCCGAUCCUUUUUUUUGCAAAUAUGGAUCUGUGUCCCGAAAGAUGAAUACUUCCUUUUGAUCGUUUCCUCUUUCUUUUUUUACAAACCUCAGAAUCUUCUUUGCAAGCAAAAGACUCUUCUCUCUGUACAACGACCUCUUAUCAAUAUCCACGAUGUCUGAACAGCACCAACCUACCGUUGAGGAUGCUUCCGAACACUCUCAAACUGCGCCUGAAGCACCUCUGGCAAAUGGACCGCCUCCUAGCGAGAUGCAUGGAGCUCUCGAGUCAUCUCCAGUCCCUCACUUGAGUGCUGUUGCUUGGGUGAACCUUUCUCCACAGCAACAAAUCAAUGCUCUUACCGAACAUGUCAACAAUCUCCACGUUCGACAGGAGCAUAUGAGGACGCAACAGACUCGCAACAUCGUCAACGGAGGAGCUCGCUACACUACUCCUCCAGGUGCCUCACAUUCAGUGACCAUGGAGGACGCCUCCACUGUGGCACCAGAAAUCAUUAAAGGUUACAACAUUCCCCACAAUCGUGGCGAUAGCCCCUAUUCCGCUCAUAACCAGGGAUAUGGCAAUGGUUUGCCCCCCAGUGUGGUCCGACCUCGGUACAACAAGCCAACUGAGCCUGAUCCUUUCAAUAAUGACGCGGAAAACAAGGUGCGCGAAGUGAACGACUUCAUUACCCGAAUGAAGGUCCACUUUAACGCCUUGGCUAUUACCGAGCACGGCGGUCAGGAACUUCCUGAACCGGAAAAUAUCACCCGUCUCAUGGGAUUUACGAAAGGCCGCUUGCAACGACAAUGGAUGGAGGACUAUACCAAGACGAUGGAAUACUACCGUUCCAGGGAAGUGACGAUGAUAGACCGAGACCGCGUCGGCCCCCCGGCCAUCAAACCAAACGUGAUGGUAACGGCAGAAGAUUACUUCACUUGGCUCCGCAAUAUGAAGAUUCCCCCAGGACACCAAAUCGAAGUAAAUCGUCAAUACCAUAACGCUCGCCAGCAAGAGAGGGAGACCGUAGAAGCUUUCUCGGACAGGUUCCUUGAUUAUGCCUACUCCCUAACCGACCGCCCUUCUGAACGCGAGCAAUGCGAACGGUUUAUGGCAGGCGUCCGCAGGCACCUCACGCAGAGGUACUAUCUGCAACUCGGUAUCACGGAUCCAAGUCAAGACAAAUCAGAAUGGUCUGCCCGCAUCUUCAAGCUACGCGAGAUCGAAGCCCUCGAAGUGUAUCGCCGUCCAUACUCUUCUCGAAAUCGCCUCAACGCAAUGGAAAAUUACGGCGAUGAUAUUGAAGACCUAGAUGAGUAUGAGUCUGACACUACGACGACGAACUAUGACGAUAUGAAUAUGAUUCGUGGAUCUUCUUCUCGCGGAUCUUUCCGCCGUGGAGACAGAAGCAGGUUUAGUCGUGGACGCGGACGUGGCGGAAGCGAAACCAAUCGCGCGCCCAGACUCGAUCCGGGAAACAAGAAGUGGAAAACAGCCAGGACGUGUUACCAUUGUGGUGGACACGGCCACUUUGCUCGAGACUGCCCUUCGCAAGAAGCAGAAGACGACAAGGAUAAUUCAGAGGAGAUCCCAAAAGCCACUCGCUCGUAGAGAAGGAAGCCCUUCCGAGCAUAGGUGAACCUGAUGCUUCCUCUGACCCCGACAAUACGUCCGACUCGCUGUGGUCGUGUGCUAAAGACGAUGAUCUCUCGUCUGAUAGCACUGAAGAUCUAGAGGUUGAGGAAAUUUGGCAUUGGAACGAUGGGAUCGACCGACUGAACGCCAUCGGUUCAAACCUGAUAGAGUUUACAGGAAAACUUGCACCAGAAACCAACCACUCUACCAAAGUUCAGUUCAUGUUAGAUUGUGGUGCUGGUCGAUGCUAUAUAUCCCAGAAGCUCUGGCAUAGAUUUUACAAGAAGUCUCCUCAGUAUC